AUGCAAGAAUUAUGGAAAAAUAUUCGAAUUAAUUUUUGGGGAGGGACUAACAUGGUUUAUGAAAUUUUUGUGAAAGGUAUUAAAUGGACAGAGGAAGAUUAUAUUAAAGAAAUUGAGAAUUUGUUUGUAAACCAAAAUGAAAUAUAUCACCUUAAUAUGAGCAAAUUUUUAUUUCUUCAAACAGCAAAGGAAAGUACCGAGGAAAUUCUAUUAAAAAUAAAAAAUAUUUUAAAAAAUUGCAAAAGAAUUAAAGAUUCCCAGAAAAGAAAAAAAUGUAUAGAGAAAAAAAUUAAUCCAGAAAUAGCAGUAGAAGAUUGGAGAAGAUAUAUGGAAAGAGGUUUAGAAAAUAAAAAGAAAUUAAAAGAUAAUAAACAAAAUCAGAAAUUAAUGCACAAAAAUAAAUUAAUAGAAUUAUUAUAUAAUGAUAAAAAUGAGGAAUUUAAACAAUUUUUGCAAUGUGAAGCGGAUGGUAAAAUUAAAAAUAAAUUUAAGAAGACAAAAAAUAUUUAA